AUUUAUUACAGUGACAUAAAAAUGCUACCAAAUACUACAGAAAAUGUGUCUUAUCAGCCAAAUGGGUAUAAUUCGUUUGGAAACAAUCAACUCCCAGCUAAUUCUCAAACUCGAAAUUAUAACAAUGGAGAUUCAUAUCAGAACCACGUAGUGCAGCCUUCGAAUAAUCGAAUUCACAGAAUAUCACAGCCCAAGGCUGGAUCUCCAAGUGCCCAGGAAAGAUACGACCCUUUUAUUAAAGCUCCUGCCCUUAACAACGCCAGCCUCAGGAAAAGCAGAGAACACAACGGAGUCACUUCUGCUCCUAAAUCUCAAGAGAGAUACAGGCCCAGACAAAACGAGUCCAAUGCAAACGAGUAUAACGACGGAGGCCAAGCAGCCAGAGGCCACAAGCCAAACUCCAAAUCCAUGAGCGCGAGGCAGGGCCACACUCGCAACGGCUCGGCCACAGUCGGAGCUCCGAACGGUGCUCAGAACGGCGCUCUGAACAACAGCCUGAACAACAGCUACAACUUGCGGCCGAUGCCAGUGCACGAGCGAGAGAACGUCUUCAACGAGUGGGGCGCAGUCAUCAAGCACCAGGACGAGAUCGACCAGGAGCUGAAACGGCUGCAACAGGCCAAGCACCGUGAGCGGCAGAAAAGCUACAAAAUGCAGCUUGACCAGCAGUACCGGGAGUAUCUCGACAAGAAGAAGGGUGCAGUGUCUGAGCAGGCACAGAAGGAAGACCAGAUGCUCAAGGCCUACCAGAAGGACCUUGAUGAUAAAAACCGCAAAGAGGACGAGAAGCGGAGCCAACUGGUCAACAACGCUAAGACAGCAGCUUUUGAGUCCAUGAACGAGAUGAGCAUAAUCAAAUAAACAACAACAGCAAAUGAGAGAUAUGGAGAGGCAAAUGUAUCACGAUAAAAUGAAGAUGCAGGAACAGAUUGACACCCAAAAACGUCUUGAACAAAAAGAAAAAUACAAGACUGACCAAGCUAAUUAUUCUAAAAUUCUUGCUCUUCAGCAUAAAUCCAGACUUGACCAAGCUAAUUAUGAAAAAGUUGCUGACAGACAAUUUUCAGAAGCUGAAAGAUUGAAGUUAAACAAAGAGGAAGAAGAUAGGAAUCGUUUCUUCCAAAAAUUGCAUCAAAUCCAAGAACGAAACGACUUUAAACAAAAGAAGUUACAAGAAUAUAUGGAGCAAGAUCCGAAAGAACUCCGAAGCAAACAAGAUGAGAAGAAUUAUCUUAAGAAUCUUGAGAUUGCCGAGAAAAAUGGCAUCAUGAAGGAUCAUGAAGAGAAGAACAAGAAACAGAAGGAUCAGAUCUCUAACUAUAACUCCCUCGCCCAGCAGCUUAAGGAGCGGGAGUUUCACCAGCAAAAUUUGCAAAUGCAGGAAAGAGCAAUCGCUCAGCAUUAUAACCAGGAGGCUGAUAAAUAUAGACAAGAGAUGGCUGAUGAUAGAAGGAAGAAGGAACUAGCCAAAGCUGAUUAUUAUAAGGCCCUUACUAGCCAGAUCUCUGAGAACAAGAAAAGGAAGCAAUACUCUGUCCUGAUGACUGAGCAUGAGAGAAGAGUAAAUGAUCGUGACAUUAAAGCAUAUGAGCACCAAGAUACUUAUAACUUAUACUCUAAAGUCCCAGGGUUUGGAGGUGAUAAUAGACUCGAAAAAUACAUUGAUAAGUCAAUGAAAAUGGAUGAUAAGAGUCAGAGCAGUCCGAUAAGAUCCCCCGAGCAUAAUAAGCUUGAUAUCUCCUCAGAGAAAGGAAGUCAUCUUGCCAAGAUGGGUAAGAUGUAUCUCAACCGUUCUGCUAAUAUCUUAGCAGAUGGAGAGGAAGAGCCUACCAGAGAUCCAGUUGAUCCAUAUAACCCAAAUAAACUUCAGAGGGUGCGUGAAAAUAUGGAGAAGGAAGAUGCGAUAAAAUACAGGGCUAACACUAUCAAUCGUGGUUAUGGCUUCGAUCAAAGGAUUAAACAGACCCCUCCUCAAUCAAAAAUAUUCCCUCAUAAGGAUAAGGCGAAUCCUUAUGAUUACAACUUUGUAGCGCCAGGGAACUACUAAGGUUAUGAAUUAUUCAAUUUUAUUGCAAUU